CAUAAAAACUCCAGGCUUGUUUCUACCGAAUAAAGAAGAAGAGAGCAAAACAAUUGUGUAGCACAGCAGUUAGCCAUGGAUUUCUCCACCAAAAAGCAGCUUCAUAUAGCAGUGUUCCCAUGGCUAGCUUAUGGUCACAUCGCCCCAUUUCUCCAUGUCUCCCAAUUCUUAGCUCAAAAGGGUCACCGUAUUUACUAUCUCUCCACCCCUAAGAACAUCAGCCGCCUCCCUGUGCUUCCUCCCAAUCUCCGAUCCAACAUUAGCUUUAUACCUCUUUCUUUACCUCAUGUUGAUGGCCUGCCACCGGGAGUAGAGUCCACCUCCGAGUUGCCCAUCCAAAAGGUCCCUUUCCUCAAAAAAGCACACGACAAGCUUGAAACUCAGUUGGCCGAGUUCCUUAGAAGGUCACCGCAAGUUAAACUAAUCAUCCACGACUUUUGUCCGUACUGGUUAGUGCAUGUGGCCACUCAACUCGGCAUCAGCUUAGUUUUUUUCAGCAUUUUAAGUGCUUCAACAAACGCUUUCUUUAGAUCCCCAUCAGAUAUGCUGGGUAAAACUAGACGGUCAGCCGAAGAUUUCACGGUGGUCCCAGUGUGGAUGGAUUAUCCUAAUAACAUAGCUUUCAAGCUCCAUGAAUGGGCAAGUCACCAAGAGUGUGAGGAUACUAUAUCCGAUUUAGAACGGGUCGAGACAAUUCUUCUAAAUUGCAAAAUUCUGGCCGUGAGAAGCUGCUAUGAAUUAGAACCUGAGGCGCUUAGUGUGCUUAGUAAGAUACACCAAAUACCAGUUGUUCCACUUGGACUGCUACCGCCGUCACUGUCCGGUAUAGAAGAUGAAGGAGAUGAAAACUGGGAAGCCUUGAAGAAAUGGCUUGAUAGUAAGCAAGACAAGUCCGUUUUUUACGUCGCACUGGGUAGUGAAGUGUGUCUGAGUCGAGAGUUAAUGCAUGAGUUGGCAUAUGGGAUAGAGAAAUCCGAGUUACCAUUUAUUUGGGUGGUGAGGAAACCCCCUUUCGUUGAAGCUGAACAAUCGGUGGAGGACAUGAUCCCACCGGGGUUCGAAGAGCGAGUUUCGGAUCGGGGUUUGAUUGUAUGAGGCUGGGCACCUCAACUCCGGAUAUUGGCUCACUCCUCGGUCGGUGGUUUCCUGACUCACUGCGGGUGGAGUUAAGUGAUUGAGUCGCUUGCGGUGGGAAAACCCUUAAUAUUGUUUCCUGUUGGAAGUUCAGAUCUUGGAUUAGUGGCUAGGUUGAUGCAUUGGAAAAAGGUUGGGUUGGAAAUAGAAAGGAACAAUGUCGAUGGAUCGUUUACGAAUGAGUUGGUGGCUGAGUCUAUUAAGCGAGUCAUGGUGGAUCCCGAGGGUGAGCAACUCAGAGCUAAUGCACAUGCAAUGAAGGAGAUUGUCGGCAACGUAGAGUUGAGUGGUAAAUACUUGGAUGAGUUUACUCGGUUAAUAGAAAUUACUUAGAUAAUGGACCCUGUUCAUCUUAAAUGGAUCAAAGGGAGUCGAUGGAGGCAAUAAUUCAUAUGUAAAAAUUAAUUUUUUUAUAUAAUUUAAGUUUUU